UUGAAUGAUGUAAGGGGAUCAAGUCCUACCACUCUGCAGGGUGCCUUGGCCAUCCCUGUAACACCAGGAGAAGGUUGGAAUAGCUGCUGUCCCUUGGGGGCAGCUUUGAAGAGCAAGGACGCCUCUGGAGCCCAAACAGAUAACACUGCAUACUUCUAUCCAUCAUGACUGCCAUCCGACUGCGAGAAUUUGUUGAUCGUCGCCCAGUGAUUCCACCCAGUUUAUUCAUUGCCCGUCAAGGAAAGGAUCUCCAAGGCUAUUACCCUGGGCAACUAGCAAGACGGCAUAUUGAUCAUGGUGUGAAGAAAGCCUCCAGACCACUCAUAGACUUGGCCAUGCCACCAUCGAAGAGACAAUGCCCACAUCACUCUCAACUAGACCAACAAACACUCAUUCGAUAUAUUUGCUUUCGAAGACAUUCAAGACCUGCUGAACCAUGGUAUAAAGAAACCACUUACCAAAGAGACUAUUCUCUGCCAUUUUACAAGCUUGAUUGGGACCAGAAAUUGGCAACAAUUUCACUGAAUCCUCAGCCACUUAAUUUGCCACCAGAGCUCUACAUUUGUGAAGAGAGAUGUGGCUUUGAAAUAAAUGCUUUAAGAUGAAGAUAACCAUCGAAUUUGAACAAAAAAAAUCUGGUGGUAUCUUAGAAAAAAAACUGGGAGAAUAAAGUAACAGCACACA